AUGGACCUUGCUAGCCCUCUGGUCGCUCUCGCUCCUGUACCUGCUGCACAUCGCCGUCGUCCGCCUCGACGUCCUGAGGAUACGCUCCCACCUGAGAUCACCCUCAAGCCACCGCAUCGCCGCGCAGUCACUGCUCGCCGCCGCACGCGUCAAGGCACUCGCCAACGUCAAGUACUUCUCACCAUAAUCGUGCCUUCACGUGUGAUCUGUGUAUCAACCACUCACAUACUCAACCACCCACCCACUCACCCACUCACCCACUCACCUAAUCACCCACUCAACCACUCACAUACUCAACCACCCACCCACUCACCCACUCACCUACUCACAUACUCACCUAAUCACCCACUCACCCACUCAACCACUCAACCACCCACUCAACCACUCACUCACCUAGCCACUCAACCACUCAACCACCCACUCACCUACUCACCUCCCUCCUUCACUGGUCGCUUCGCUCCCUGCCUUCACCUUCCUCCAUCACCUCCUCCGUCGGCGUCCUUCACCCAAAUCCUCAUUUUUCGCCUUUCCCCUACACCUCCGAAAUCGCCCUCUUUCGCCCCUUCGCUUCCCUCACCCUGUCCACCCACCUCCCUCACCUGUCCACCCACCUCCCUCACUCCCUCACUGCCUCCUUGA